GAGGAAGCCUUGGCCUGCCGACCAAACCAUGCUUGCGCGCCGACUCGCGGCCCCCGACGGCGGUAGGCUGUUCUCUGCGGCGUCCUCCGCCUCCGCCCGAGGCGGUCACGCGGGUGGCGACACACUAGGGAAGCGCCUGCUGAAGCUCAUCUACCCGAAGCGGAGCGCGGUGGUGGUGCUGCAGCGGUGGGCGGACGAAGGCCGCACCGUGCAGAAGUACCAGCUCAACCGCGUCGUCAGGGAGCUUCGGAAGUACGGUCGCUUCAAGCACGCCCUGGAGAUAUGCGAGUGGAUGCGGACCCAGCCGGAGAUGCGGCUGCUUCCGGGGGAUCACGCGGUGCACCUUGACCUCGUCGCCAAGGUCAGGGGACUCGCCAGUGCCACCAAGUUCUUCGAGGACAUGCCGGAGCGCGCCAAGGGGCCGUCCACCUGCAACGCGCUGCUGCACGCGUACGUACAGAAUGGCGCAAGAGAGAAGGCCGAGGCCAUGCUGGCGGAGAUGGCCCGUGUUGGGUACCUCACCUGUGCCCUGCCCUUCAACCACAUGAUGUCGCUCUACAUGGCGACUGGUGAGCUCGAGCGGGUGCCAGAAAUGAUCAAGGAGCUAAGGAGGUACACACUCCCCGACCUCGUUACCUACAACAUAUGGCUGACAUACUGCUCCAAAAAGGACAGCGUGAAGAGUGCCGAAAAGGUCUUUGGUCUGAUGAAGGAUGACUGCGUGGUUCCUGAUUGGAUGACCUUCAGCUUGCUCGGUAGCAUUUACAUCAACGCCGGACUCCAUGUGGAAGGUCGGAACGCGUUGGUGGAGAUGGAGAAGAGGGCCUCCAGGAAGGAGCGAGCUGCUUACUCAUCGCUCCUCACCCUGUAUGCAAGCUUGUCAGAUAGAGGUAACUUGGACAGAGUAUGGAAUAAGAUGAGAGGAACCUUCAGGAAGUUCAGUGACACAGAGUACAAGUGCAUGCUCACUUCCCUCUUGAGGUUUGACGACAUAGCAGCAGCAGAAAGCAUUUUUAGUGAGUGGGAAUCAACAUCUGGAACACGUGAUUCAAGGAUCCCAAACACGAUCCUUUCAUAUUACAUCAAGAAUGGCAUGAUAAAAAAGGCAGAGAGCUUUCUUGACCACAUUGUGGAGAAAGGAGUCAAGCCCAGCUAUAGCACAUGGGAGGCAUUCGUCUGGGGUUAUCUCGGUGACAAGACGGACAAAGUCCUUGAGUGCAUGAAGAAAGCCCUGUCAUGCUUGGAGAAAUGGGAGCCGAACCAUGAGCUCGCUACCGCGAUCUUUUCUCAGAUCGAGAAGACAGGUGACAUUGAAGCUGCAGAGAAGCUCCUGGUCAUAUUCCGGGAUGCAGAGUAUGUUACCACUGAGAUGUACAACUCAGUCUUGCGCACUUAUGCAGAGGCCAAGCUCAUGCCUCUGAUAGUUGACGAACGCAUGGAGCAGGAUAAGGUGGCCAUGGAUGUGGAAACCAAGAGAUUGUUGAGGUUGACCAGCAAAUAUCCAAUCGGUGAGGUUUCAGUAUCGAUGUCUUGAGGUGUGCCAACAAUAGAAGGGUGUUUCAGGAUGCAAUGUGUACUAGCCCUUACGUUUUCAUGCACUUUAGUUCUGAAGUACAAUGCAAUGCAAAUAACAAACAUUUAGUUUUGAAGUGCAAUACAGAUGGUUGUGAUUUUUUUUGCAUACUUAUCUAACUUGUUGGACUGUAUUGUCUCUAUCUAUA